UUCGUUCUCAUCCUUUUGCUUCAAAAUUAAAGCUAUCAAUGGCUUCACGUGGCAAGGCAUUACAAAUGCUUUUAGAUUCUGAUUCUGAUGAGGACAAUCAUCAACAAAGAGUGGCAAUCUCCAGUGCUCACCAUACAUCAUUGAUGAAUGAAUAUGGUAAUAGGCGAAGCAAACAUCGUGGUUCGGUUGUGUAGCAGAUUAAACACAGGGCUAAAGGCACAUGCAUAUUCCCACCUGCCAGCACAAAUCAUUGCAAGGCUUCUCUUCGCAAUUACGCAUGUACUCCAUCUUCCCACAAGCAAGAGUUGAUUGUGCCACCGCUUCAUCUCCUGCGCCACUCAAUAUAUUCAAUCAGGAACGGACCCAGGAAUCUUAUUUUAUAGGGUCAUAGUGUAAAAGUUUUUGGAAGCGACAGUAAUAGAGGAGUUGGGGCUUAAAGGCUUGGUGGGGGAGAUGGUUAAAGGUUUGUGGGGUGGAGAUUGGGUAUUUAGGUUUGAGAGUAAUGGGGGUUUUGGAGUUCUCAACUCGGAAGGGAGGGUCUGUUUCAAUUAUACUAUCUGUUUUUAUUUUUAAAAGACCUGGACCAAACUGACGUCGUUUUGGCCAGGUCUCUUAAAAAAAAUUCGCUGCUGCUGGUCCAAAACUACGGCGUUUUGGCCAGCGCGUUUAAAAAAAAAAAACAUAACAACUGUUCAGUUUUUUCUUCCUCCACAAGUGGCCCUUUCAAUUUCUUUGUUUUUUAAUAAAUAUUCCCAAGCAUUAUAUUAAAGAAGAACGACCAAAUUUUUUUGUUAUUUUCUUUUUAUAGUAAAAAGUAUUAAAAACAAAAGGGAGUGUAAGCGGAUAAAAGGGGAGUGAGAAAAUUACCACUCUUUAUGAGUUAUCAAAGUUGGGCAUCUGGGUUAUAACCGAAAAAAAAAAAAGGUUGAGCAUCUGGGCUGGCUUACUUAUAAUAACCCAAUUUGGUUCUUUUGUCAAAACUAAGCUAGCCCAUUAGUGAAACAGAUCUAGGCACUAGCCCAAACGUCCUCCCUCCUCCUCUCCUCCUCCUCUUUCUUGUUCUUCUUCUUCUAAUUUUCUCUCUCUGUCACGCCUCUUCUAAAACGGUUUGUAUUGUAAUUAGGGCACCUAACAUAAUCUUCUUCACGAGUUAGCCGCAUUCUUCUUCACAGAGCAACAGCAACUGGAGAUUGGCAGCAGCUGCAAGCGCAACUAAGUUCUUUCCAAUCCUUCUUCCUUCUUUUUGUUGAUGCCGCCUAAACCAGUAAAAACCUAGCCUCUUCGAAUCCAGGAGAAGAGGCUAAGUGUAUAGCGAAAUAAGACCGUAUCUAGACUGUAUCGCUCACGUGUCCAUGGCGUAUCAAAGACUUAUCGGAUGUUCAACAUAACAGAAAAGUCCACGAUAAGCCGUUUGCCGUAUCCGAUACGUGUCGGAGGCGUAUCGUAUCGGAGGAGUAUCCGAUACGAGUAUACCUUUCCUGACCCGCGUAUUCUUGCAACAUAGGCCGCCGAUUACGGAGACUAGGAGAGAGAGAGAGUGAUGGAGAAGAAAGAGGGAGAAGGGGAAGGUGAAGAAGAGCAGGUAGUGAAUCCGUGGACGGUGUCGGCCAAAGGUGGCGGGAAAAUCGACUACGAUAAGCUCAUUGACCAGUUCGGCUGUCAGAGGAUCGACCAGUCGCUCGUCGACCGUAUCCACCGCCUCACCUCACGUGCUCCCCACGUGUUCCUCCGCCGCGGGGUCUUCUUCGCCCACAGGGACUUGAGUGAAAUUCUUGAUGCUUAUGAGAGAGGAGAGAAGUUCUAUUUGUACACAGGAAGAGGACCUUCCUCUGAGGCAUUGCAUUUGGGUCAUCUUAUCCCCUUCAUGUUCACUAAAUAUUUGCAAGAGGCCUUCAAGGUUCCUCUUGUUAUUCAACUUACUGAUGAUGAGAAAUGCAUGUGGAAAAAUCUGACUGUGGAAGAGAGCCAGAGACUUGCCAGGGAGAAUGCCAAGGACAUUAUUGCUUGUGGUUUUGACGUAACAAGAACCUUCAUUUUCUCUGAUUUUGAUUAUGUUGGUGGUGCCUUUUACAAGAACAUGGUGAAGGUUGGAAAGUGUGUCACAUAUAAUAAGGUUGUUGGAAUUUUUGGUUUCACUGGUGAAGAUCAUAUUGGAAAAGUUAGUUUUCCACCUGUGCAGGCAGUUCCAUCAUUUCCAAGUUCCUUUCCACAUCUUUUCGGUGGUCAAGACAAUCUUCGUUGCUUAAUUCCAUGCGCGAUUGACCAGGAUCCUUAUUUUAGAAUGACACGAGAUGUCGCUCCACGGAUUGGAUACCAGAAACCUGCUUUGAUUGAGUCUUCUUUCUUCCCUGCUAUGCAGGGAGAGACCGGUAAAAUGUCGGCCAGUGAUCCAAAUUCUGCCAUUUAUGUAACUGAUUCUGCAAAGGAAAUUAAGAACAAGAUAAACAGGUAUGCAUUUUCUGGUGGACAAGAUUCAAUAGAGAAACAUAGAGAACUUGGAGCAAAUCUCGAGGUAGAUAUACCAUUCAAAUAUCUCAGUUUUUUCCUGGAUGAUGACGCUAAACUCGAAGAGAUAAGGAAGGAGUACGGUGCAGGACGCAUGCUAACCGGUGAAGUUAAGCAACUACUGAUUCAGGUUUUGACUGAACUAGUUGAAAGACAUCGUAGGGCUAGGGCUGCUGUGACUGAUGAGAUGGUGGAUGCAUUUAUGGCAGUGAGGCCCCUACCCAAUAUGUUCAACUAAAGUUGAGGCAGAGAGAAAUCUACACACACAUCCAUGCAUAUUUAUCUUACAAUUUUUUUUGUUAAUGAUCUGUUAGUCUGGAUAGUACUCUUCAAAUUUAGAUUUAGUCAUAUUCGUUGUUGAUGCUCAAACACAAAAGUUGUGAAGGUUUCUACGACAAUAUUUUUGUAAGAGUCAUUAAUUGAAACUCAAUUUGAGCGGAGCGCAAUGGUUUUAAGUUUGGUUUUGUAUGAUAUCGUGCCCUGAAGUGCUGUAUCUGCGGAUAUUUUUUAAUGAUAGCUGUAUUUUCAGAUCUAUUGUCAGGUUAAUGUAAGAGAUGAAGCAGUUGUGAG